GUCAGAUCUGGGGCUCAGCCCCGGGCAGAGCUGGAGACUGAGCGGCGAGAGGGAGUCGAGACACUGGGCACAGAGCGCUGAGAGCAGAGCAGGAGGAAGCCAGGCAGGGAGAGGGCACACUGGGAGGUAUGAGAGACCGGCGCAGGGAGUGAGGCUGGCAGCAGUGUUUCAGUCACAGAGGGAGGGACAGAGCAGCAGGGAUGAAGGUCGGGGACAAAGUAGAGGGAGAUACAGAAAGUGACAGUGAGUGACAGAGAGGAAGGGGAGAGUAAGGGCUGCACGCUGCUGCUACAGAGGGAGAGCCAGCUGCCGGGCACGCACACUGGGUGACAGCCCGUGUCUCCCGCACAGGGCAGCGCAGGGUGUGCGGCAGCACAUAGAGCAGCACUCCCAGGUCUGGAGCCACACAAGCCAGCGGUAAGGUGAGAGCAUCGGGGUAGCACAGGCUCCAUGUAAUUGCGCUCUGCCCUGGACAGAGAGGGCUGGUGGUAAUGCUGCCAUGCAGCGGGGGCGUGAUGGAGGCACUGUGACACUGGUCUGCGCCCAAGGUGAGUGAGGCUGCUCAGGAGGCAGAGGUUGUAUGACUGAGGCUCCUACCCUGGACUCUGCGGAGUGAUAUAACAGGUACUGUAGUGUACCCAUAAGGAUUUACUGUCAAGCCCCAUGCUGUGGAUGUUACUGUCCUUACCACCAAUGACUUAAGGAAGAGGAGCCUUUCAUUCGUGAGAGUUGCUUGAACUAGUGUAAUAUUAGCUGUCCUGAACCUGACCGUACUCUGCCAUUCAUUGCACAGCAUCCUACAAUUGCAUUGGCACUUUCUGCUGCAUUCCAGCUGCCCUCAUGGAGCCUUGGAGACAGUGUGCCCAGUGGCUGAUCUACAGCAAGGUGCUGCCUCCCAAUCAUAGGGUGACAUGGGAAACAGCCCAGGUGUUCGACCUGGCCCAGACCCUCCGGGAUGGGGUUCUUCUGUGCCAACUCCUCAAAAACCUGCAACCCAACUGCAUCAACUUGAAGGAAAUCAACCUACGACCACAAAUGUCCCAGUUUCUGUGUCUCAAGAACAUCCGGACUUUCCUCGCUGUAUGCUGUGAAUCUUUCAACAUGAAGAAAAGUGACUUGUUUGAAGCAUUUGACUUAUUUGAUGUGCGGGAUUUUGCAAAGGUUAUAGAGACUUUAUCCAAACUCUCCCAUACUCCUAAUGCUCAGAUGUGUGGUAUCAGGCCGUUUCCAACAGAGGAAAGUGUGCAAGAUGAGGACAUUUACAAAGCGCUGCCUGAUCUGAUGGAUGAGUCGGGGAUGGAAGAAGAUGAUGAGUUAUAUUAUGACUGCGUGUACAUAGCGGAUGAGGGAGAUGAAGUAUAUGAAGAUCUAAUGAAAGCUGAAGCUGCAGUGCCCAAUAGGACUACAGAGAGUGACAUUCGGAGCUGUUGUCUGUUAGAAAUAAAGCAGACAGAGGAGAAAUAUUCAGAAACCCUAGAUUCUAUAGAGAAGUUCUUCAUGGAACCACUGAAAAAAUUCUUGCCUUCCGCAGACCUGCAAAACAUAUUUAUUAAUAUCCCUGAACUGGUGAAAGUACACAGGAGCCUAAUGCUUGAAAUCAACGACUCAGUCACACAGAAGAACAGCCAAAAUCUAUACCAGAUUUUCCUAAAAUACAAAGAGAGGCUUCUCAUCUAUGGAGAAUACUGUAGUCAGGUGGAGUUAGCCAUUUCUAUUUUGGACAGCAUCUCUAAAACCAGAGAGGACGUCAAAUUAAAGCUGGAGGAAUGUUCAAAACGAGCAAAUAAUGGGAAAUUCACACUGCGAGACCUGCUGGUUGUUCCCAUGCAGAGGGUUCUGAAGUAUCACUUACUGCUUCAGGAACUGGUUAAACACACUACUGAUGAUACAGAAAAAAAUAACCUGCGUUUGUCGUUGGAUGCUAUGAAGGAUUUAGCACAAUAUGUGAAUGAGGUAAAGAGAGACACAGAGACCAUGCGGGAAAUCGAGCAGUAUCAACAUUCCAUUGAGAACCUGAAUCAACCUCUAAUACUUUAUGGAAGACCGAAGGUGGACGGCGAGAUCAAGUUCAGUACACUGGAUAAACGCACAAGGCAGGACAGGUAUAUAUUCCUGUUUGAUAAGGCUGUCAUUGUGUGCAAAAGAAGAGGGGACAAUUAUGAAAUGAAGGAGGUGAUAGAUCUUCACAAAUACAAAAUAACUAAUAAUCCAACUAAUGAAAAGGAAAAUAAAAAGUGGUCGUAUGGAUUCUAUCUUACACAUGUUCAGGGGCAGAAUGGCUUUGAAUUUUACUGCAAAACCAGAGACUUGAGGAAGAAAUUGCUGGAACAGUUUGCAAUGGCUUUGUCCAAUAUUCAUCCAGACAAUGCCACUGCAAACAAUCAUGAAUUUAAGAUGCAUUCAUUUGAAAGUGUUACAUCCUGCAACGUGUGUCAAAUGCUGCUCAGAGGAACAUUCUUCCAGGGUUAUUUUUGCCCCAAAUGUGGGACGGGGGCUCAUAAAGAGUGCUUGGGCAGAGUGGAAACCUGUGGACGCAGAGACUCCGGGACACUGAAGCCUUGGAAAGAUGGCCCCCAAAAGACAAUCAGAAACACAGAUCCAGGUUUACCAAAGCUGCAGGUUAUAAGAAGUUACACUGGUUUCCCCGCACCCCCUGUGAACGAUGGUCCAUCCCUCAUUAUACAGGUUGGAGAUACCAUUGAGCUGAUAAGGGCUGAUGCACACAACCUGUUCUGGCAGGGAAAGAAUAUUGCCACAGGGGAACUUGGUUGGUUUCCAAGUGAUGCUGUUAAACCAAGCCCUUGUCAGGUGCCAAAACCUGUGGAUUACUCUGGACAGCCCUGGUAUGCAGGAGCUAUGGAGAGACUGCAGGCAGAAGUGGAACUAAUGAACAGAGAGAACAGCACCUACCUCAUCCGACAUAGAACGAAAGAAAACAGAGAGUAUGCGAUCAGUAUUAAGUACAACAAUGAAGUGAAGCACAUCAAGAUAUUAACGAGAGAUGGCUUUUUUCGCAUUGCAGAAAAUAGGAAAUUUAAAAGUUUAAUGGAGCUUGUAGAAUAUUAUAAACACCAGUCUCUCCGAGAAGGUUUCAGGAGUUUGGAUACAACUCUUCUUUUCCCCUAUAAAGCACCUGAAAAUCAAGCUGGACAUGCAAGUAACCGAUCAUCGGGAAUGUUCCUGAGUCCCAAGGUUCUAGGUAUUGCCAUUGCUCGCUAUGAUUUCUGUGCCCGAGACAUGAGGGAGUUGUCGCUAUGUAAAGGCGACGUGGUUAAGAUUUAUACAAAGGCUGGGACGAAUGGCUGGUGGAGAGGAGAAUCGAGUGGAAAGGUUGGCUGGUUUCCAUCCACAUAUGUUGAAGAAGAAGACUGAUUAUAAUGAUAUGGCAUAUAACACUGGAAGAAUUCCAAAAAUUCACAGAAUUCUGUCUUUCAAAAUUCUGCCGUCAGUCCCUGUGCAGUGGAGACUAGUCUAAUAGCCUUUGUGGCAUGGAGCAAUCACUGGAAUUUCCUUUGUCUCCAUAUUGCUGUAUUAGUACAGGAGGCCUAUAAGCUAUCAGGAUGUAUCAGAUCAUGGCAGACCAGAGUGUGCACAGAAUGAGUCCGAAACUGUCUCCGCAAGGCUCCUCAACAAAACAUGAUGCAAACAAGAUAUAUAUAUAUAUAUAUAUAUUUGUACAGAAAAUUCUUUUAAAAACAACUAAACCCAUUUCCCCGAAUUCCAAACAGAAAACAUCACACGCUUCAACUAACAACAUAUUUGCAAAAAUAAACAGCCCCAAAACAAAAUGUAUUGGUCACUGUUUGCAGCACUGAGCCUACAACCCGUAUAGCUGUUUCAAUUUUAAAAAGCCUCAGAGGGAUGAGAAGUUUAGGGACUUAGGGCCUAAUUCAGAUCUAAUAGCAGCAGCAUAUUUGUCAGCAAAUGGGCAAAACCAUGUGCACUGUUGGGGGGGCAGAUAUAACGUGCAGAGAGAAUUAGAUUUGGGUGGGGUGUGUUCAAACUGAAAUCUAAAUUGCAGUAUAAAAAUAAAGCAGCCAGUAUUUACCAUACACAGAAACAAUAUAACCCACCCAAAUCUAACUCUCUCUGCACAUGUUACAUCUGCUAGCCCUGCAAUGCACAUGGUUUUGCCCAUUUGCUAACAAAUUUGCUGCUGUGAUCAGAUCUGAAUUAGGCCCAGAGGUCACUGGCACUGCUGUUGUGCUUCCUAACCUGCAGCUCCUAUCAGGUAACAGCCACAAUGGAGCCCUGAUCCCACAAGUACUCACUGUCCCGGUAUCAGUCUGUGCACAGGUCAAGAGGGGCAAUAUACAGUAUAAAGCUGAAGUGAGGAAGAACGCGGCAGCUAAUCAUCUGUGACUUGGGCUUUUUUUCUAUGGAUUUUAUUUCUAUUUCUGUCUGUAUUAUUUCUUUAAAUCGUUAAUGUGAAUCUUCAAUACAUGAGACUCUUGUUCCAAAUAUUGCACUAUUAUCUUGCCUGAGAUCAGCUAUUAUUAUUUAUUACGUUAGGAAAACGCAUCUACACAUGCACCACUCUUUUUCAUUAUCUAUACUCUUCACUUCAACCAAGAUAUAAAGUAUUUUAGAUAUUUUUUAUAUUUGCAAUUUUCUUAUUUUUAUUGUGUUAAAUAUUAGCUAAUUCUCGCUUGCACUAAAUUUGUAGUGACAGAGAGGUGAGGAUGGGUAUGUCUGCAAAUACGCAGCACACGUACUGUACUGUGUUUAUUUAUUGCAAUUACUACUAUUGAGGGCACAAGUUUUAAAGGAGACAGGUGUGUUUGUUUCUUAGCAUCAGUUAAUUCAGAUCAGGUUACUGUACUAGGGGAAAUGGGAAUGCAAGGUUGUGAACAGAACAUUUUGUCCUAGUUGGAAUAAGUCAAUUAGCAGGCUCCGCAAUAUCCCAGUUUGCACUGAGCUGCGUCUGCACUGCCCACUCCAUGUAACACCCACUGAAUAUUUUGGUUUUGUUUCCAAUACCAUCAUCUUUGCGUAUUUCAGUAUUGUAUACACAGGUUCGGUAUGAUUUACCGGUGGUCUGGAUCCCGGCAGUCCGGAGACCGAUGCCGGAAUCCCAACAGCCGGAAUGCCGGCAGCGAGUCCAUGCAUCGGGCCAGGUGGCACACUAUUUUAUUCCCCCCUUGGGUGGUGGCAUGGGAAUACCAGGCUUCUGUCGGGAUUGUGACCACCAGCAUUUCCCCGGCUGCCGGAAUUCCGGCGUCGGUAUCCUGACCACUGGGAUCCCGACAGCCGGUAAAUUCACCGCAUCCCGUAUACACAUACGUAUUCCAUAUCAAAUGGCAUCACCAUUAUCACAAAUAUCAAAAUAUGCAAUUAUUUCAUUUUCAAAUCAAGUGACGUAGAGUAAGCUGACUCUGUGUAGUCCAGUUUUACUGCUCAUUGAUCGAUCCAAUAAUGUCAUGUAACUUUUGGAAGAUGUACAGUGCCUGUGCUUCUCAUAAAACAUUAUGCACAGAGACAUGAAUAGGACUACAGUUCCCAGUAAAUCAAAAGUCUGAGCUUCAAUCUGUUCCUGUAGGGUAUUUUUUUUUCUUUUCCAUUAUUACAGUUUUACAACAGUAAUGUAUGUUCUUCAUUAAAAAAGGGAAGGGAAGGGUACAAAAUAGUGAAAAUACACAAUCUGAUCAUGUAUUUGCAGUGCUGGCAAUUUCAGUCAGUUCGAGUCUCGCUACUCGCCUUGGUUAUGUAAAACUUGAAUAUUGGCGAAUCAGAAUCUAAACCAAUCAACUGUAAUAAUGACUACGGAGCAUGAUAAUGGGGCUGAAGUGUAGUACACCUUCUCUAAUACUGUCCUGUUUAGUUGUUGGAAACCAUUCAUUAUUUUGAGUUAUGAAGGGACAUUACCUGGCCUAAGAUAAUAAAGGUGUUAAAAUAUUAAGUGUCUAAUACUAGUACUUACUAGUGUAAAGAAAAAGUAACGUAAACGUGAAGUUUUAAUAAAAUAUUUGGCUGAGAAAUGGAAUACAAAUUAACAGUGUGUAUAUUUGUAUAAUAUAUUUUACUGUAAAUGUGUCCUGUACAGUCUACUAAAUAACAUCAGUGUUAAAUGAUAAAACAGUUCUAUAUUUGUAA